AGAUUUUGUCUUUUUCUAAUCAAUGGCUGAAACCCAAAAUUAAAACCAUCACAAACAUCUCAUUUUCACCCUUCACACUAAAAAAAAAAGCUAGAGUUUUAAGCAAGUAAGAUGAUAAUGGAGGAGCACUGGAAACUGGUUUAUGUGAUUGGGAUUUUGGCUUUAGGAUUUGCAGUGAAAAGCAAUGCUGAUGGUUCAAUCUCAUGUGGGUUUCCAGCCAUAUAUAACUUUGGGGAUUCAAAUUCAGACACUGGUGGAAUCUCCGCGACCUUAAAUGAAAUUCUACCACCAAACGGUGAAACCUUCUUUGGACAUCCCGCCGGCAGAGCCUCCGAUGGCCGACUCAUUAUAGAUUUCAUAGCUGAGGGUAUUAAGUUACCAUAUCUUAGUGCAUAUAUGGACUCAAUCGGGACAAAUUUCAGGCAUGGUGCUAAUUUUGCAACCGGUGGUUCAUCAGUUAGACCACCUGGUUUUAGUCCAUUCAAUCUUGGGAUUCAGAUUUCACAAUUCAUUCAAUUCAAAGCUCGUACCACUACUCUCUAUAAUCAGCUCAGCCUCAAUAGAAGAAUCCCUUUAUCCAUUAGCAAUCUACCAAGGCCUGCAGAAUUCUCACAAGCUUUAUACACAUUUGAUAUUGGACAAAAUGAUCUUGGUCAUGGUUUCCAAACCAUGUCGGAGAAACAAGUUCGAGAUUCAAUUCCCGAUAUCGUAGGCGAGUUGUCCAAAGCUAUUCAUAUACUAUACAAGGAAGGGGCAAGGUUCUUUUGGAUACAUAAUACAGGUCCCCUUGGUUGUUUGCCAUAUAAUGUUAUAUAUGGCAAAAAGCCCGGAAAUGUCGACAAAAACGGAUGCGUGAAGGCCCAAAAUGAGGCAGCCAUGGAGUUCAACAAGCAACUUAAAAACAAGAUAACAUGGUUAAGAACUCAACUUCCUUUUGCCAAAUUCACCUAUGUUGAUGUUUAUUCAGCUAAAUAUGAUCUUAUUAGCAACGCCAAGAAACUAGGUUUUGUCGAUCCAUUUAAUUUUUGCUGUGGAAGCUUUUAUGGAUACCAUAUAAAUUGUGGGAAAAAAGCGAUAGUGAAUGGCACAGUUUAUGGGAACCCAUGUGAUCAUCCAUCAAACCACAUUAGUUGGGAUGGCAUACAUUACUCUGAGACCGCUAGUAUGUUGGUUUCAAAUCGCAUUCUCAAUGGCUCCUUAUCUGAUCCUCCUGUUUCAAUUCAAGAUGCUUGUCAUCAUCAAACAGAUAUAUGAUGAUGAUGAUGAACCGAUGAUAUCUACAAUCCUUGUUAGUUUCUAAGUUUUCGGAUUUAUGAUUAGAUUAAAUUUUGAGUUUUGUAAUUUUACAAGGUAAAAAAGCGACAAAAACACAUCAAUUAAAUUUUUGAACUCUCAAAUUGCAUCAAUUCAAUUUUUUGAUCAA